AUGCUUGCGAGAUUGCCAUGCCGAGCUAACGCGCCUGCUUCCUUGCCAGAUGAUGAAGGCAUCGAACAAAACACGCUCAACGCACCGUUUCCACCCGGCAAGGAACGGUGUGAAGACGUCGCAGAGGGCGAGAAGAGGCCGUUCAUCUGCCCCGUGCGAGAUUGUAGGACCCUUUCCUGGGUUUUGAAGCACUUGGCGAGUCACUUUCACGGCAAACACAACCGCGGGCUAUUCAAUGACAAUGGGGAUGGGACAAUAUCCAAGCUUGGCAGUUAUGAAAACGAAGGGCUGAGUUCGCCUGGUAUCAUCGUGUCUCGCAACCCUCUGCCACCAGGAGCGCCGCCGCCUGCAGCUCCCAACUGGAGCACCCGGGGGAAAACUUCCAGCAAGAAGAGUCCCUCGACGCCCAGGGCAAGCUCGCCGCCGCCAACAGCAUCGCCCGGUCAAUCCUUGCGGCCGCCCAUGACGGAUGUCCUUCGCUACCUACACAGCUUGCUCUCGCCCGCUCAGCAGGUGCCUGCCCGGGCAGACAUCGCGGCCCUGUCGAAAUACAGACAGAAUCGCGAUGUACCGGGUCUAUGGUGGGAGUAUCAUCGAGGUAAGACGCUCGAUCCUCUCAGCUACGCCUGCAUCCUGGCAUAUCUCGUGGGUAGAGCGGAGGAGAGGACGCCUUGCCGCCGAUGGAAGGGCAUAUCGCGGCUGGCCGAGCCGUGUGUGGCUCUGCCCCCAGAUCUCCCAGCCGAGGCGAAAGCUGCCUUUAGCAAGACCGAGACGUGCAUUGCAUGUCAGUACCAGCUAUGUUUUUAUCGAUUCAAGAACGAGUGCGAAUGGAGCAACGGGGACAAUGGCAGCCUUGAUUCUGCUGUUGAGGAGGCGGUUUCACAGCAAAAUCACGAACCAGUCGUUCCAAAUGGCCACAGCGACAAAAUGGACCUGGAUGACGGCAACGCAGGCGGCAGCAAGGCUGCCAAUCUGGACGACUAUGCAUCACGGACGGCUGGACAGAGCAGCGCUUUCCAAUCUUCCACCACACAUGCUCUAGAUGCGUCGACAGCUUCUCGCAAAGUCUCUCCGGCUGAGGUUGAGGGGUUCGAGAAGAUGGAGGGUUGGGAGAUGGCCCCGGGUGCGACAAAGGAUGAGACGAACCUGAAUGCCAUCUUCUCUAAUGCCUACGUGACCAACAAAGACCCCAUUGCGGUAUCGCCGCGCCUCGGUCUCAACGUACUCUGCCUCAAGCCGGGGCAGAGCCAUCAUUGGCCUGUAGAGGCGAGCAAGGUACGCUCCUGCUAUGUGUGCACAGGCAAGAUCAGUGUUAGGUUUGGGGACGGCGAGGCUGCAACCGCUAUGGCUCCGGGCGGCAGCAUCCCCUUACGGAGGCCUCGUCUUGGACAUCACGGAACCUCGCCCAACCGCAGCCAGAGCUUGACGGUCCCCCGUCCGGUAACUCCCCAUCGCUCCCGAUCCGCGAGGACGUUCCCGGGCAGCAUCUUGUCCGACACGGACGAGACGGAGCUGAAGCCCGACGAUGGCAGCGACGAGCAGCAGCAAGUCGGCGAGAAGCCGCAGGACGACGGCGACGGCGUCGAGCACCUGCGCUUCACGCUGGAUCCCGCAGGCCGGCUGACGCACGACCAGACGGGCGUCGACAUCGUCACGGUGCCGUGCCCCGGCGCGGAUGCGCUGCGCAGCUGGAACCGCGACGGCCUCAUGGGCCGCUACUUUGGCAACCUGUCGAUGCGGGACGUCGAGGUGCGCGAGGCGACGGACCGGCGCAGCCCGUCGUGGGUGCGCGAGGGCAUCCGCCGCGAGGCCAACAGGGCGCGGAUCCUGCUGUACGAGCACCCGCCGGUGCGCGAGGGCACGACGCUCAACUCGCUGGCCAUGGCGCUGCUCGAGGAGCUGCGGGCGUUGAGGGCGGCGGAGAAGAGGAGGGACAGGCCGCUGCUGUUUCUCGCGCAUAGCAUCGGCGGCUUGGUGGUCAAGAUGGCGCUGGUCAAGGCGCAUGCGGAUUCGAGAUAUGGCGACAUCUUGCACGAGUGCUACGGAGUGGCCUUUUUCGGAACACCGCAUCAGGGAUCAAGCUACUUCGCCAUGCAGGCCCUGGCAGGGAGCAUCCAGCACUUGCUUCAGCUUUCGGUGCCCUUGCCCGCCUCUCUGACAGACCAGCUGCGCAUGGGAAACCCUCUGCUGCUCCAUGUGGACGAGGACUUCAAGCUCGUGUCCGACGACCUUCGCGUGUGGACGCUCUUUGAGACGAUUGACUCUCGCCUGUCUGCCAACUCAGGGGAUCUUUACUACACUGCGCCCCUCACGUCCCCCAAGUCCGCCAUCCUCGGCAUGCGCCAGGAGCGCAUCUUCCCCCUGCAGAGCGACCACGCCAACGUUGCCUCCUUUGGGAGGCACAACUCGCGCAGCCUCAACGAUUUCCUCAAGCAGCUGGUCAAGGUGAUUGACAAGGCGGAUUCCAGCGCCAAGGAGGACUCGAACGGAUGCAAGUGGACGCUUCACCUGGAGCAGAAGGUGGCGGUCGAGGUCCACGGCUUCUUCGAGGAAGCCGGGAUGCAAGACGGCGCCGUGAGAGCCUGGUCGACGCGGUUGCCGCUCAAGGAGUUUCUGGACAAAGGGCCGGAGGCUUGUCUGAGUGAGCGGCUGAACGAGGUGGACAUGCCGCCAGAAGAGGGCAGGUUCCUGGCCGUGAGGGGGAGAACGGGCCUGGUCGACAUGGAGGGGCCCCCGACUGACGUUUCGUUUCCUCCCGAUCCCCUGACGAUAAAGAACGCCUUGGGGAUCAACCAAGGUGAACAGGUGCUUCAACAGCAGCCCGGUCUACCUCGUGGCAUGUUUGACGAGCCGCCUGUGGUGGCUCCGGUGCCUCCAUCGCCACUUAUCCUUCCCGUCGACUCUCCUCGAACGAGACCAAGGAGGAGCACGGAGUCGGCACCUACGGCACCGGUAAUACGGCCUGAAGUCGUGCCCUUGGCGUCCUCGCCUCCAUCCCGACCUAUUUCACUUCCCCCUAGACAGUCGACGCCCUUCCACAAGCCCUCGCCUCUCCUGCGUGCGAGCCUGGAGCAGGAGCUUGCCAUCGAUCGCCUUUCCCCUCCCGUGAGAGUUCGACUAGGACGCAACUCGUUCAGCCGAUCAAUGAGCCUCGACAGCCAGACGGGCGCCCCGGCGCCUCCUCGAACUUCCAUCUCGCAGCGGAGCCGCAGUACAUUCCACCAGGCGCCCCAUGAUGAAGACGAUGAUGAUGAUGAGGAGGGGCUCGAUGCGUCUCCGAAGCUCCCCGAAAGCGUCCUCGAAGUUCGAAAGUUGGCCAAAGAAAGGAGGCACAGAGCCAGCGGGAGCGCCACUGUGGACGAGAGUGCCGUUGUGGACGAGGGCGAUCUUGUGGACGAUGUUGUCCAUGGCGUCUUGGUGAGGCCGCAGGCCAAGGCGCGCAACCCGCAUCCCCUGCUUGGCGAGGACGACCAGAUGUCCAUAUGCCUGUUUCUUCCGUAUCUGCACUUUGACUCGUACAAGAGGCUCAUUCGCCGGCGGGAACUGAUCUCCAAGCGCCUGGCUCACGGAAGGGCCAGACCCAUCCCUGAAUCCGUGGCCAAGUCGGACUCCCUGGAGCUGCAAGUCAUUUGGGAGUUCCUAGGGCAUGACCCGCCCAUCAAUUGCCGGCGUACUUUGGAUCAGUUUGGAUACCCGUCACUGAGGGAUACACGCUCGCGAGACGAUGACCAGAUGCUGUACAAGUUGACAAAGGAACGGUAUCGCGAUCCAUCAGAGUAUCAGGGGCUAUUCAACCAGUCUACCAGCGAUGUCGGAUCGGGGGGAAGCAGCAAUAAGAGUGGAAGUGGAAGCGGAAGCGGUAAGAAUGGCGAGGAAGAGACGGAGAAGGAUGUGCUGAAUGGAAACGUGCUGAUGGUGGACCAACUAUGGCUCUGGACUAUUUCCACUCAUACCUUGCUGUCCUUCUUCCCCAAGCGAGAGAGCGAUCCCCUCGAGGGGCCGCUGUAUCAACAGGCUGAUCUUCGCGAUAGCAUCUUCAACGACGUCAAUGUAGAUCUGACUCGGAUUUGCGAUAACUCCCUGGAUCUCGCGGCACUGGCGGCGUUUCAUGCGGUGAGCGUGCUGCUUGACCGGUCGUCUCAUCCCGAUUUGGAGGUUUUUCGCAUAUUCGAAGAAGCCAUUAGCGUCUUGACCGAGAAACUUACGACAUCGCUCAAGGAGUUUCGCUCAGAGGGAUUCCGUGACAAGGCCUUUGACUACGAGCCGGUGGAGAACAAGGCUCGCUCGAUCCGACAACGGCAUCAGGAGGAAGGACGACGGGCCGAGCGGGAGAACAGAGACAACACGUCGGCGCUCCUGGAGCUCCGGGACAUUGAGGAUGAGCUAGCAACGCUACUGACUCUGUUCGAGAGGCAGACGAGAGUCAUCUCGUCAAUGCACGGCAUCUACAACCGUUCCGAGAUGCAAGCGCACACGGUGCAUGGCAGGAAGUUCCUCCACGAGGCGCUGAAGCGGCUGGCCGAGUAUAGCCAUACGACGGAGGAAAUGGUCAAGAGGGUGCGGAACACGCGAGACGAGUACGACAAGCUGCUGCAGAUGAUGCAGCGCCAGGCGCAGGUGGACGAGGUGCGGCUCAGCAGGCUGCACGCGGAUCUGGCCAGCGCGCAGAGCCGAAGCGUGCUCAUCUUCACCACCUUCACCGUCAUCUUCUUGCCGCUGCAGUUCUUCACGGGCAUCUUUGGCAUGAACACGCGCGAGUGGGGAGGGGGCGACAACCUGCCGCUGCGGACGAUUGGCGUGAUUGGCAUCCCGGCGAGCGUGGUGCUCAUCAUUGUGACGCUCAUUGUGGCGUGGAGCACGACUGCGCGACGCUUCUUCAAGUGGAUCGGCAGGAACUACGGCUGGGCGAUGCUCUGGCUGUACCAGACGCUGGGGAAGCCCGUGGCCAAGAAGGCGAUGGAGGUGGUGGCCAGGAUCUGGCCGGUGAGGAUGAGGAGGGGGAGGAGGAGGCAGGGGGUUGGGAGGAGCGAGGAGCGAGACGCGAGGCAGCGGCUGAGCACGGAGAUGAGCGACUUUUGGGAGAGGCAUCGGCUGGAGAGGGAGAGGGGGUAUCGGAUUCCCGAGGUGAAUCGGGUGCCUGGUGGGAGCAGGCCGAGGGGUGAGAGGACGAGGUCGAAGAAGACUCUGGGGAGGUGAUUUUGAUUGCGUUUGUUGUUUUGUGGUUGAAGUUAGGGGGGGGGGGGGGGUCCAUUAUGUUGACACGGUGGCGUUCAUGGUCAAGUGUUUUGCUCUCUCUACCGUUUGUCGUUUUGGUUGAUAUCUAUCGUUAGCAUUUCAAUACCCGUCUGUGUUUGAAGAUGCUGUUCACGCAACGGUACCGGCGAUGGGUCCCGGGAGUGAGCUGUUCUGCAUGAGAAGGCGUUGGAGGAAAGAGGGUUUUACAGGUAUCAUACAUAUGGUUG